ACGGAACGGCAACAACAAACAUGGAGGCGGCCCCGUUCGGCUUCACUCCGGAGCGCUACUGGACGGAGGAGAAAGAGAGGGCGCUCAUUGCCUUUUUCUCCAAGCACAGCUGUCUGUGGAACCACAAGUCUGAGAACUACAAGAACCGGCAGCUGCGAUGGAAAACCCUGGAGCACCUGAGGAUCCUCCUGUCGGCUCACCCGCCUCCUGUUUCUUUCACAGUCGAAGACAUCAAGAACAAGUUCAAGAACCUGCGCACCACCUUCCAGCGUCAGUACAAGAUGGUCAAAGCGAGCAAAGGCUGCAGCUCGGACGACGUUUUCGUGCCGCAGUGGAAACACUACCAGCAGCUGAUGUUCCUGCAGGGCUGCUGGGACCAAGACGACGCCGCCGACGACCCGCCGCUCUCACCGACGACGGCUCCGGAGGACGAGAACCAGCCGGUCCUCGCCUCCCCGGGGCUCAUCAUCUCCUUCCUCCCCUCGCCCUCCACCUCCUCCGCCUCCACCUCGUCCUCCUGCAUCCCCUCCAACAUCCUGGUGAAGUGUUACUGGACCGAGGAGAGGGAGCGAGCGCUGAUAUCGUUCUACUCCGAGCACAGCUGUCUGUGGAACAAGAAGUCUGAAAACCACAACAACCGUCAGCUGCGACUGAGGCUGCUGGAGGCUCUGAGGAACCAGCUGUCCGACCACUCGGUGUCGUUCUCAGUCGAAGACAUAAAGUGCAAGUUCAAGAACCUGCGGACGGUUUUCAACCGCGAGUACAAGGCGGUCCAGACCAGCAGGGCGUCCGACAAACUCUACGCGUCCAAGUGGAAACACUACCAGCAGCUGCUCUUCCUCUGCGAGUCCUGCGACGAGGACGACGGCGCCGACGAGCUGCAGAUGCUGAUGUCGCAGGAGGACAAAGAUCCGGACCUCGGGAACCAGACGCCCUCCUCCACGCUGAGCGGCUUCUCCUCCAGCUCCGCCCAGAGCAACAAGCCCAACAGCGCCGCCUCCGGCCAGAGCGACGCCAAAACCAACGCCAGCGCCGCCUACCAGAUCUUCCUCUCCUCGACUGAGAACAAUCUGAAGCUAGCCGGACAAAUAGCAGCUUCCGCCCUUCCAGCCUCGCCGUCCAGUUCGCUGCCGGACUCGAAACCGUGCUCGAAUCCCUCAUCUCUGAACUUCGGCUCAGUUCAGCCGGACAGCAGGCUGAGCGUCGACUCCCGCUGCCUCUGGAGCGAAGCCAAAGUCCAGCAGCUCAUUUCAUUUUACUCCG